AUGGAUCUCUGUUAUGAGGCUUUGAAUGGAUCCUGUGGGAAAUAUGUACGACCGUACGGCAUCCACGUUCUGAUACUCAUCGCCAUGAUGUUGACCACCAUUGUGACCGUCAUUGGGAAUCUACUGGUCAUCAUCUCCAUUGGACAUUUCAAGCAACUCCACACACCAACAAACCAGCCGAUUCUGUCUCUUGCCCUGUGUGACUUUCUCCUCAGGCUGUUUGUUAUGCCGUUGAGUGCCGUCCGUUCCAUGCAGGGCUGUUGGUACUUUGGUGAUUUCUUAUGUAAGUUACACACAUGCAUUGACAUGAUUCUCAGCACCGCUUCGAUUUUCCACCUCGUGAGUGUGUCUGCUGAACAUUGUUGUGCUGUGUGCGGCCCAUUAACGUAUCAUUAUCGCUUCGGUUUUCCAACAGUGCUGUUAAUGAUCUCUAUCAGCUGGUUGAUCCCUGCCGUAUUCUCUUACAUGAGUACCUACCUCGAGCUCAACCUUCAUGGUGACAGGGACUUCUACAAAACACACGUACGCUGUGUGGGAGGGUGCCACAUCUUCUUUAGUCAUGGUCCGGCGGUGGUCACCUCCCUUUUUUCUUUCUGCGUUCCUGGUCUCAUCAUUAUUGGCAUUUAUUCUAGAAUCUACAUGGCUGCCCGAAACCAAGCGAGAUCUAUUAGUCUUCAGCUGAACCAACUGAGGAGAGUUUAUCCAUCGGAAGGCACGCAUUGUCGGGCACAGAAGGCUACGAUAACGAUUGCUAUCGUGGUUGGAGUUUUCCUGGUUUGCUGGACUCCUUUUUUCCUCUGUAACAUCAUGAAUCCUUUUAUUGGCUACACAACACCUAGUAACUGGGGAAAUAUUUAA